AUGGCGAAAAGCCACGGGGAGCUUGCCAAGGAGGCCAUUGUGCUGCUCGACAAGUUCACUGCAGGGAGAACGAGUUUGGAUGACUUUAUGGAAGAUGCAGCUAAGCAUCUGCAGGAUAUGGAACCUGAAUCUAUGAAGUUCAUUCUUGAUCUCGUCUCUGGAUGCAUCGAGUACAAGAAGUUGCUGGACAUAGUCAUCAAUCCUUUCUUUGGUCAGGGUGGCAAACUUAUAUCCAAACGUUAUCACAACCAUUUUGUUGUGAUAUGUUACCUCACCAUAUUCCACUUUGACGACCUUGGACUUCAGGCUUUCAGCAACAUUGUCAGAUCUCUGGACAUUAAAAGCAUGCACAAUUUCCUGAGUUUCUUCUUUAUGAACCUCACCACUUGGGUACAAGAUGAGUGGAAUCGUGUCUAUGAUGUUGCAUAUGUGAAGGACCACUGGAUUGAGCCUCUGCUCAGGAAGCGCUCUGAGAUUGAGCCACUCAUGGAGAAGCUUGCUGCCAAAGUAUCGGAAGGGAUGCGGUUACGGAAAGCUCCACCAAAAACUACUGACCUUAUGGAGUUCUCCUUUGUUAAACCUAAAUCAACAUCUGCACGUCAGCCUCAACUCAGCCCUCUGCCGGAAAAACACAAAAAAAUACCCAGCAGCACUUACAGGACUCCAAAAGUGAUCCAGAUCUUAGAAGAGAUCAAGCAAAGGAACCAUCAAGUGGCUGAGGAGCUGCUAUAUGAGGUUAAUAUGAAACAAUUUGGAUUUGCAAGACCAAGAAGGACUGAUUGCACACAGAGAUUGCUGUACCAGAUAACUGAAGAUUUGGAAUCAAGGCUGCAGUCCGAAUCAUUUAAUGCCAAGGCACAUCCUCCUCCCAUUAUUAAGGCUUCUCAGGAUGUCGGCCCUGUCAAGCUUAACACUGCUGCCAUGCUGAGGCGGAGGGUGCUACAUGACCGCCACGUGGAAGACAAGCUGCAGAGAAUAGAGAAUCUGGUGGAAGGGGCACACGAGCCUUCAGUUUUUCUACAGAAGGAGAAAGAAAUGCGCGAGAAAGACCAUCAGGAUAACUUGGCAAAGAUUGAGCACAAGCAUGCUAGUGUAAUUCUCAGCCAUUGGGAGGCCGUUUUAGCCCGCGGACAAACAAUAGAACGUAACAAGAAGGCUGCUCGGCUCAAAAGAGAUGAGACAGUUAAGCGGACUCAGCAAAAUGCCCAGAAAAGGUUGGAGGAAGAAAAAGAAAAAAAAGACUUGGUGCAGCAAGUGGCAGAAGGUCACAGUAACUCCCAAAAAGCUACAGAGAGGGUGAAGAAAUUCAAGCAGAGCGCUGUAAAAGAUUUCGUAGCGCACAAUCAAGAGAUCGUUCGUCAAGCACAAGAAGAAACAAAGGUAGCGCUAACCAGGAAGUUGGAAAUAAUCAGUGAAAUCCAUGCCAUGGAAUGUUUCCCUAAUGUGAGAAGCAACAUGUUUGAUGACACAGAGAUUGCAGGUCAUGAACUGCUAGGAGAGAUGUCCCACGCCGAGCUGAAGGAGCGUUUGUUCCUCAUGAAGGAAGCAGAGGUGAACGAGCAGCAGAAGAAACGAGAUCUCAUCCAGAGGGAGAAGCAGAAGAAGAAGAAACUGCUGUUGGAGGACAUGGAGAAUAUCAACCUCCACAGUAGAGCCAUGGCAAUUGCCACUACCCUCAGGAAAGAGGAGGAGAAGCAAUCCGAGCUGCAAUUGCAGAAGACAGUAAUACAGGAUAUAAAGGUCUUGGCUAUGCAAAAGAAGAUUGAAGAAGUGAAGAAGGAGUGUCAAAAACUGAAGAAAAAUGAAAGCAAGAAGGCCAAACCAUCAAAGCAGGCAGCAGCACACCCCGAUGGAACCGUAGAGACGCACAGUAAAGAUGGAUUGAAGAAGAUAAACUGGGAAGACUUGGAGCAGUGUUUAGAGCGGCACAUCGAGAGGAAAGGUCCUCAUGUUAUUUCUCAGAGAGGAGGUCACUCAAGAAAUAAAUUCAGUUGAAUUUAAUUUCAUUUAUAUAUAUAGAGGCUUAUCACACCAACAGGUUUUGUGAUGACACUUAAGCUUCUAUAUCAAAUUAAGUCUUCAAAGAAAAAAGUUCUUUCACUACUGUUCAA